CAACAACAUUAUUUCCUGCUCACCAGAUACUUACACAAUGGCCAAAAGACCAGCUGAGACAUCUCUAGAAGAUGCAUCUUCUGUCGAUUCCCCAACCUCGAAACGGCCACGGGUGGAAGACGCAGAGGAUGAGCAGCGACCACAGCAGCAACGCGCUCGGCGCAGCCCGCUCCACGAACGACGAUGGGAAGACGAUGAACGCAAUGGAAUGGACAUUUUAGCAGCAGCUGAUCAAGAGGAGGAAGAGAUCGAAGAAGGUUCUAUUCAUGCAACUCCCGAUUCCGGCGAAGAGCAAGAGGAAUCGGCGAUUUCCGCCCCUACUCGGCAGGCAGCGCCGACACAGGGUUACGGCGACCUAUACUUAGAUACCAUACAGCGAUCAGUGCUGGAUUUUGAUUUCGAGAAGCAGUGCUCCGUCUCGUUGUCAAAUAUCAACGUCUAUGCCUGCCUUGUAUGUGGGAAGUACUAUCAGGGUCGUGGACCUAAGUCGCAUGCCUAUUUCCAUGCGCUCGAUGUUGGACAUCAUGUCUUUGUAAAUAUGGAGACGAAGAAGGUGUACGUUCUACCAGAAGGAUAUGAGGUUAAGAGCAGAAGCUUGGAUGAUAUUAAAUAUGUGGUUGAUCCGCAGUAUAAGAAGGAGGAGGUUGCGAAGCUUGACAAGGUGGUUAUUGAUGCUUGGGAUCUGGCGGGCAAACGAUACAGGCCAGGAUACGUCGGAAUGAAUAAUAUCAAGUCUAAUGACUACUUAAACGUCAUUGUUCAAGUCCUAGCGCACGUCCGUCCCAUCAGGAACUUCUUCCUUCUCCACCAAUUCCCGACUCCUGGAACUCCCCAGCUCCCUCUCCGCUUUGGCAUCCUAGUACGCAAAUUAUGGAAUCCACGCGCAUUCAGGUCUCAUGUUUCACCGCACGAGUUACUCCAAGAAGUUGCCCUCCGCUCAUCGAAGCGCUUCACUCUAACCCAACAAUCAGACCCUGUCGACUUCCUCUCCUGGUUUUUGAACAACCUCCACCUCACUCUGGGCGGCUCCAAGAAACCCUCUCCAAAACCAACCAGCGUAAUCCACUCCGCAUUCCAGGGUCAACUCCGCAUAGAAAGUCAAGCUAUAACAGCCCGCUCAGACGCCGCCAACGCGCGCCUCGUUUUCUCCGAAUCUAUGGAAACGACCUCCCAAACUACGCCUUUCCUAAUUCUCACCCUCGACCUUCCCCCCACCCCACUCUUUCAAUCUACUAACACCGAAUCAAUCAUCCCCCAAGUACCCCUCACAACCCUUUUGAACAAGUACAACGGUCUCGUCGCAUCGGAGAAGCUCUCUCACCGCGUACGUCACCGGCUGCUCCACCCCCUACCUCCCUACCUCCUCUUCCACAUAAAGCGCUUCAGCAAAAACAAAUUCGUCUCCGAGCGCAACCCCACUAUCGUUACUUUCCCGUCUCCACGUUCCCUCGACAUGUCCCCGUACGUCGAACCUAAUCCAGAUCUCUACCCGGCCGGCGAACCCAUAUUGUAUGAUCUAGUCGCAAACGUCAUCCUCGACGCAACAGUCACCGCACCUGGUGUUGGCGGUAGCAGCGAAAGCUCCAGCUCCGGCCCUGCAUCUACCGGUAAUAAAGGGGGCGCAGCUGGCUCGACCGCGACGACCGCAGGUGCGGGUGCGGGCAACGAUAAGGUUUCUUGGCUUAUACAAUUGCAUGAUAAGGCUAUGAGUGUGGAGAAUGAGCAUGCACAUGCGCAACAGCACAGGGGGCCGGAGUGGUUGGAGAUUCAGGAUUUGUGGGUGCAGAGAGCGGAGAGUGAGACUCUUUUUACGCGCGAGGGGUAUUUAAUGGUUUGGGAGAGGAGGAGAGUUGGUGGGGAAGGGAAAGGGAAGGGAAAGGCGUAGUAGUUUCCUACGUAGGUUUGUUUAGGUUUGGAUGGUAUUAUAUAGGGCUAUAUGUGUCCGGAAAUCAUUUCCAUGUGUCCAUUUAGAUGGAGGAUUUUCAGUUCUUUUGGCGUGGUUGGUUGUCUCGCAUAGCGCGUGGAGAUAUGUAUAUCUUGGGGUGUAAAUUAUACCGCUUUUUGAGGGUAAUUUUAUGUUGAAUGUCUACCAUUUUCAAACAUUUUUCUUACGCGAACGAGUAUUUCACCUAGAUUCAAACCCUAUCUUUAUAAUAAACAUUAAAUACAAAUAUUCUGAAACUGAAACUGACAUUGAAACGGAUUUUAGCAUUGUCAGCCCCCAAUUAGCCCAAUUUGAAUAAAUUGUAUCGCCUGUUUGCCACGCAUAACGCUCAAAUAUAUAAAAAUAAAAUCCUAUAUAGUGGUACAUAUUAUAAAGGGUAGAUCAAAAGUCAGAAUUUAUCCAUCCGUCCAUCAAAAUUCUACAAUUCUCCCCACCCAAACUUCCUUGUUCCAAGCAUAACCGUCGCUGCUGUCCCCAUCCCCCAAACCGCCACACUAACCAAUGCCUCCGUGCCUACCACAAGGCCCAUCUUCGCCAAAUACGCAAUCAUAUCCUUUCUCGAUCCUCCUCCACACCACGCACAGAUACUCCGUACAUCACCACUCAGGCCCAGCGUAAGGGCAGUAGAAGCACCGGCAGUAAGCGGCAACGCAGCGAGCAGGGAUGGAGACGUCAAAAACUGUAUCGCGAAGUUGCGUAGGUACAUGGAUUCAAGAGGGUAGAAGAGGACGGAGGUUAGGAGGGAUGCGAGGUGGGAGGAAAGGGAGUCGACAGGAAGUGACGAGAGGAUUGUUACUCGGUGAUCAGGGCCAAGGAGGCGAUCAGAGCGGGAGCGGCGUGGGAGCUGGGUGGGAAGGGGCUGGGAGAGCCUUCUGUUUUCGUCAUUUAUGGUAGUGGUUGUGGCAGGUUCUGCUAGGGUUGGGGCGGAGGAGGAUUCCGGAACGUCUAUGAGUGGUUGGAGGAGGGUAGGGGAUUCAUGGGUAGCGGUGGUUGUAGUAGGACGCGCGGAUAGCGCUUGUUCGUUGUUUUCCAAGUUCGUGUGGUUGGAUAUGUCGGUCAAUUCUUCUAAAGCGGCUACGUGGCCUGGUUGUAGGGUCGCGUUUUGAUCAGAUGGUUGAUUAGCGAGGUGGAGGGCGUCUGCUUGGGCUGCGCCAUGGCCUAAUAAAACCUCAUCAAGUAUUCUGGCUGUCGCACGCUCGGCUUCGCUCAAGGUGAUUCCUGCUUGUAGGUCAGGGCCAGCUAAAGAAUCGUUGUCAUAAUUUGUUCGAGUGUGAGACGGGGAGUUAUGAUUACUCCGUAAAAGUUCGAGUUGCAUAGUUAUUACGUCAGAAUUCUGGUGCACCAGCGAUGCCCUUACACGGGGUGAUGCAAGGGGGGAUGAUUCGGGAGUUGAGGGAUGGGAGAACAGAGUAUUGGAGCGUGAAUGGAAAUGAUGACGAUGCGAUUCUUCAGGCCCUUGGCUUUGGGACCGGUGGGGAGAUGUAGAAUGAUCCAUCCUGAAUGUUUCUUCCAUUCCCGGCCUACCUUGAGAUGGGUCGUCCUGGUCAAAGUAGGCGUCUGUGAGCUGGAGG